UGGAGUUCAGCCACUGGCCCGGCCAGGCCAUGGCGGCCCCCCGCCCGCCUCCCGCGAUCUCCGUCUCGGUCUCGGCUCCGGCGUUUUACGCCCCGCAGAAGAAGUUCGGCCCGGUGGUGGCCCCGAAGCCCAAGGUGAAUCCUUUCCGGCCCGGGGACGGCGAGCCUCCAGCGGCAGCCGGGGCCCAGCGCGCACAGAUGGGCCGGGUGGGCGAGAUCCCCCCACCGCCCCCGGAAGACUUUCCCUUACCCCCGCCUCCCCCACCUGGGGAUGGCGACGACGCGGAGGGUGCGCUGGGAGCUGCCUUCCCCCCGCCGCCUCCCCCGAUCGAGGAACCGUUCCCCCCUGCACCUUCCGAGGAGGACAUCUUUCCUUCUCCACCGCCCCCGCUGGAGGAUGAGGGCGCGCCCGAGGCCCCCAUGCCGCCCCCGCCGCAGCCCAGGGAGAAGGUGAGCAGCAUUGACCUGGAGAUCGACUCUCUGUCCUCACUGCUGGAUGACAUGACCAAGAAUGAUCCCUUCAAAGCCCGGGUGUCAUCUGGAUAUGUACCCCCACCAGUUGCCACUCCAUUCAUUCCCAAGUCCAGUACUAAGCCUGCGACCGGGGGCACAGCACCCUUGCCCCCCUGGAAGGCACCUCCUAGCUCCCAGCCCGUGUCCCAGCCUCAGAGCCAAGCGCUGUUCCAUGUGCAGCCCCAGGCUCAGACCCAGGCCCAGCCCCAGGCCAAGCCUCAGGUCCAGCUCCAUGUGCAGCCUCAGCCCCAGGCUCAUUCCCAGCCUGUGUCCUCGGCCAACACGCAGUCCCGAGGUCCCCCAGCUCCACCUCCAGCACCAGCCCCUAAGUUUUCUCCAGUGGCUCCCAAGUUUACUCCCGUGGCUUCCAAGUUCAGCCCUGGCGCCCCCGGUGGCCCCGGGUCACAGCCCAGUCAAAAGCUGGGGCCCCCGGAAGCUGCUGCUUCCACUGGCAUGGGUUCCCCUCAGCGCCCCAGCUUCACCUAUGCUCAGCAGAAAGAGAAGCCCCGAGUGCAGGAGAAGCAGCACCCAGUGCCCCCACCUGCGCAGAAGCAAAACCAGGUACGCUCCCCUGGGGCCCCGGGACCGCUGACUCUGAAGGAGGUGGAGGAGCUGGAGCAGCUGACCCAGCAGCUGAUGCAGGACAUGGAGCACCCUCAGAGGCAGAACGUGGCUGCCAGCGAGACAUGUGGCCGCUGCAGUCAGCCCCUGGCCCGCGCGCAGCCCGCAGUCCGUGCACUGGGGCAGCUGUUCCACAUCAGCUGCUUCACCUGCCACCAGUGCGAGCAGCAGCUCCAGGGACAGCAGUUCUACAGCCUGGAGGGCUCGCCCUACUGCGAGGGCUGCUACACGGACACCCUGGAGAAGUGCAACACGUGUGGGCAGCCCAUCACUGACCGCAUGCUGAGGGCCACGGGCAAAGCCUACCACCCGCAGUGCUUCACCUGUGUGGUCUGCGCCUGCCCGCUGGAGGGCACCUCCUUCAUCGUGGACCAGGCCAACCAACCCCACUGCGUGCCUGACUACCACAAGCAGUAUGCCCCCAGGUGCUCUGUCUGCGGGGAUCCCAUCAUGCCGGAGCCUGGCCGUGACGAGACGGUGCGGGUGGUCGCUCUGGACAAGAACUUCCACAUGAAGUGUUACAAGUGCGAGGACUGUGGGAAGCCCCUGUCGAUUGAGGCGGACGACAACGGCUGCUUCCCCUUGGAUGGCCACGUGCUUUGCCGCAAGUGCCACACUGCCAGAGCCCAGACCUGAGUGCGGCCGGGCCUGCCUCCAGACUGCACGUCCAUUCCCGUCGUGGACCACCCACACUGAGACCAGUCAGCCUCGCCCACCUGUUACUGUUUUGAUGUCUUGCCCUCUUCCAUUCCAAACCCUGCCCCAGUCUCCCAAGUGCCCUGCCCCAGGGCGCCAGCACGGCCUACGGAUGGUGAGCCCUGCCCUGGGUUCCAGCCCUCACCCGUCCUGCAGGGAUCGCCCGCCCACCGUCCCCCAGGUACCCACCUUGGGGGGCCACCAGUUUAGUGCUGCUGCUUUCACUGCUGCACCGACGCCCUUGGCUGGCCCUGAGCAGCCUCUGUACUCUGCUUGCUGAGGCCGGGAGAGGUCCUGACUCUCUGGGAGCCUGGGCUGAGUGGCCUGGAAGUUCCCACCCUCCCCUGUGCUGCCAGGUUGUGGCUACAGCUACAAAUAAAAACCCCUUAUUUUCCAGAAUUCUCAGGAGUCGACUCUUUUCGAGGGAA